GAUAAUCUCAUUGAAUGUCUCCCCAGGGUGAUGCUGGAGCUCCUGGAAAACAUAUUGAGAUGAAGGACAUUGAAGGGAUGUUUGAAGCCUACGGUAUAAGGCUGCCUUUGCUGAAGACUUUGAUUGACAGGCUGCUGCAGGAUGGAAUCGAGGAGCUGCUUCAUGUGCUCGGCAACGCCAAGAGAACAAAGGAAAACACAGAAACUCACACCUCCAACGUCAUCACUGAGUACACAAGUUCAAUGAAGUUUGACCUCACCAGCCAGCCGCUGAAAGAGUUGGACACCGUUGAGGACCCUGAGUUAGAUGCAGCGUCUUUGACGGUUGACCCUUUAAGUGAAACUUCAAAGAGGCCGAGUUCAGGGACCGUCACCCUGAACGGAGAGCAGGAGCUCGACGGGAUUGACUCCAAGUCAAAGGGCUCCAGAGGCAAGGAGGUGGUAGAUGGGAGCAGUGGAGAAGUAUCUCCCCUCAAAAUGAAUCUGACAGUAGUCAAUUCGACAUUCAAUCAUACUGCGACACAGGAGACGGUUUCAGGGUUACCAGAAACUGUGUCGGAGACUGUUCUCCUCACUCAGGAAGACUCCCUGAAGAAGACCUCGGGACAAAAGAGGAAGAACAGGGAACGCGGGAAGGGCAAAGGAAAUAAAGGACGACAUAAGAGGCAGAGACAACGCCUGACAAAUGAUGAGGACCCGCAAGAAGAAGAAAAGGAAGAGGAGUUUUAUAACAGUGAAGACUACAGUUAUGAGUACGAGGAAGAACUCUCCCAAAGUGACUCUUCAGCUCCUCAGGAGAGGAAACACAACGGACAGGAGGAACAAUUACCCACACACAGUCCUGCUCCGUUAGAACUACUGGUGGGAGCCUCCAGUCGUCCUCUAACAUCCCCUACAGAGAGACAAAUAGACGCACAGGAUGAAGUGUCACUUCCUUCGCCUCCCGUCCCAACAGAAGAACCAGACAUGGUGCCUCGAAUCCAGAUCAGGGUGAAGAAAAGCGCCCCUUGGCCCCACACCAUGGUGUUCAUGCCUGGUGCCCCUGGUGGAAGAAGUCAUUUCAAAGAGCCACAAAAACAUCUGUCCUCUGGAGCUCAAGGUUACGACAGCUGGAAUCAAAUGAAGCAAGAACACGCUGACCUUCAAACGCAUUCCAGGAGGCAGAGCCGAGAGCGGAAGGAGAAGCAGCGAUACAGCGACACAGAAAGAGAGAUUCACACAGGAACGCAAGGAGAAGAAGCGACUGAAGCGGAGCAGUGGGAAAUGGAACAAGAGAAAGGAGGAGAGACGGAUGGAAGUGCAGAACCAGGCCCUGACGCUGGGGAGAUUGGUGAAGAAGGACAAAAGGGAGAGCCGGGUAUCGGCCACAGAGGUCCAGAAGGCCAGGCGGGGGCUCCAGGACGGAAGGGUGAACCAGCUGAGCCAGGGCCUCCAGGCGCUCAGGGCAUCCAGGGUAUCCGUGGUAACACAGGCAUGCAGGGCUCCCCUGGACUCAGGGGUGGCCCGGGGGACCCAGGAGAGCCGAGCAGGGAGGGGGGACGGGGGAAAAAGGGGAAACAUGGAUCUCCCGGAUCUCCUGGAACCGAAGGAGCAGCAGGACCUCAGGGUCCUCCUGGUCUGUCUGGAGUCAAAGGAGAAAAGGGCCACAGUGCCCCUGGAGAGCCCGGGGCCAGAGGGCUGUCUGGCUUCCCAGGCAGAAGGGGGGAAAAAGGCCCGUUAGGUAUUAAAGGAGCUCCUGGGGCUUUCGGUCCAAAAGGCUGGCAUGGCAGCAAAGGUGAAAAGGGUAAUCCCGGGUCACCUGGAGUCCGAGGAGAAAGGGGCAGUCGGCUUCAAAUCCAUGGAGCCCGAGGAUUUAAGGGUUCCAAAGGAGAGGCUGGUGAGCGAGGCCCACCAGGUUUUGAUGGCGAUAAAGGAGAAAAGGGCGAGGAUGGUCCUCCUGGCGUCAAGGGCAUAAAGGGGGACGCAGGCGCAAAGGGGGCAUUGGGGCGCUUUGGAGCGCGAGGACCAGGAGGCCAGAAGGGAGAUCCAGGAGAGCCGGGCCUUGAUGGAGUGAUGGGUCGCAAUGGGGAUCAUGGAGAUGACGGGGCCGCGGGGGACAAAGGAGACAAAGGACCUCUGGGCCAGAAGGGCAAUCAGGGUGAUCCCGGAGAACCAGGCUUCCCAGGAGUCAAAGGGGAAAGUGGAGAAAAGGGUUUUAGAGGUUUUCCGGGACGCACUGGGAGUCCAGGCUUGGAUGGAGAAAAGGGAGAUAUGGGUUUACACGGUACCCCUGGUAUCCCCGGGCUGAAUGGACUCAUCGGGCGCAAGGGCGAUAAGGGACAGGGAGCCACCGAUGGUGCUGACGGUGCUUCAGGAGGGAAAGGAGACAAGGGUGAAACAGGCUUCGCAGGAUUUCCAGGGUUUAAAGGGUCUGCAGGGAAUCCAGGAAAGCUUGGAGAUCCGGGACCACCAGCACCUCCAGGACUCCGAGGGGUCACAGGACCCAAGGGGGACCGGGGCAGAAGGGGCAGAUCGAAGCCAUGUCAGAAGGGAGGGGCCGGGACGACAGGACUAAGAGGAGAGAGUGGCACUUUGGGUAUUGAAGGAGGAAAAGGGGAGAAGGGGGAGCCUGGACUCUCAGCUGAAGAUGUAAUGGAGAUAGUCACCCAGGAGGUGACAGAAAAGUGUGGGUUGGAAUACAAAUUCAUGGUAAAGUCUGUGGAUCCAGAUGGAACAACGGCAGUGAUUAAGAAUAAAAAAGAGCCAGGUGAUAAGGAAGUGGAAGAAGGAGAAGAAGUGAAUGAAUAUGAAGACACACUGGAAAGAAAUACCAGUCCUGACCCUGCGAUCCUACCAAACCGCACAGAUUCUCUUGAGGGAGGGACUGCAGAGUGGGGACAGAGGAAGAAAAGAGGGAUGUUUGGAACCGACACAACUGCAGACCACUGCCUGGAGCCGAUGUCGGAGGGGGCCUGUUCAGAAUAUGUUCUGCUCUGGUACUUCCACCCUCGAUCCGGUGAAUGCAGACCGUUUGUGUUCGGGGGCUGUGGUGGCAACAGAAACCAGUUUGCCUCAAGACAAGAGUGCCACAGUUGGUGUAGGAUGGAGAAGAGAGGGAGGGGGAACCAGUCAGAUGAAAUAUAGCCUACAUUGUACCAAUGUCAGAUGAGUACAAACACAUUAAAACAAUAUAUUACAAGUUUUGGUUGUACAGUAUGAAUGAGAGGAUACUACAAUAUUCUGUCCUCCUUUUAUUCCUUGUAACAAAAAUAUAUUUAAACUUCCACAAGUACCAAACUCUGUCGAGGAAACUAGCAACGCACAUUGAGAAGAUCAUUAUUGUACAUAACUGUGUAAAAUGUCAUAAUGUUGUAUUUUCUACUGGAUUUAUUUAUAUAUUUCAACAGAUCUUGAUUUGUUUUAUGGACAAAUUGUGUUGAAAUUCAAAAUGUUAAUUUUGUCAUUUUUAUACAUGUUUCUGAAAUAGACUUAAGACAUACGACUGCGUCAAAAGUAAUCCAUUGUUUAACACGACUGACAUAUUAAAUCUA